AGAUUUCCCCAACAUUAUUCAAGACUAUAACAAAAAGGAAAAAAGUCUUAGAAAUAUAACAAAAAUAAAAUAAAAGAUGGAGUCUAAAAGGUUCAUCGUUAUUCUUUUGGUGUCUUCUCUACUCUUAACCAUGACAGAGUGUCAAGUAUUCUCCGGUUCACCUUCCUCAAUGUCAUUUUCCUCAAUGUCAUCAGAUUCACCAUCGGGAUCUCCAUCAUCGUCUCCCUCAUCCUCACCGAUGACUUCAACCAUGGAAGAAGGAGCUGCUGCCGCAACUUCAGCAUAUGAGAAAUUGAAAAACAAAAUAACCUCCUGAAUUUUUAUUCCAACAAUUUAAAAGAACUCCGCAGUAAUUUUUUCUCUUACCUUUUUCUAUUGAAAUGUGGAAAUGUGCAAGGACAUUUCAGCUUCUAUCUAUAUGUUUUUGGUUUGGUGUCACAAGCUCUUUUUAGAUACAUAUUUAUAUAGUUAGUAAAUAAACACGAGCAAUGUCGCUCUUGUCAUCGUAAGAAUAACAACAUUAUCAACAAUAUAUACAACUAGUGCAGUUUUGAAGUCUAUCUCAUUUGAGCUUCAGGUGUAAUUAGAGUAUUUCUCUUGAAUGGAAUAUAUAGUGUGCAUGUGUGCCUGAAACCCUUUGAUUUCCUAUCCAUAGGGGUCGGGUUGAGCCAGAUCGACCAUAAUUAAUAUCAGUGAUGUCAAAAAUUAAAAUAAUGUUAUAUACACACAUAAACAUAUUAAUAACUAAGUAGUUUUAUAUUUUAACUAACACAUAGGGCCUUUUAUAGUUUUAUGAGAAUUAUUUACAACAUUAUUUAUCAGUUUCUCGUUUUCACUUACUUAAUCAUUCAAUAUUGAUUUCACUUAUAGUAUGCAUGCAUCAACUAAACAAAUACAGAGUAAUAUAUAUCUAGAAACUUUUGAAAUCACCAAGGAGUAUGUAAAAUAACCAUUUGAAUGCUAAAACUAUUAAAUUUGUCCGAAAAAUAAUAUUUAUGUUAUUGAUUUUUGUUUCAAUCAAACUUGAAAAAAUUUGUUAGAUAGAGAAAGCAGAUGUGAGGAAAUAUGUGAUGUCAUUUCUUAUAAAUUGACUUUAUUUUUAAAAACUAUAGUGUCAUUCUUUAAAAUUUCAAUUUAUAUUUGUAUAUACAUGUGCACAUAAUUAUCUAGGUGGUGUCAAUUAAUAACACCACAAUGUUGACCCUGGCGUCGUCCCUGCAAAAAGGUGGAAUUGUUUGAGGCUUACAUAUCGAUACAUUUUAUCCUUCAAACCCCUGAUUAAUCAUGUUUAAUACGUAGUACAUGAUUUCGAUACAUUUUAUCCUCAAAGGUCUGAAUCAAUAAAUUUUGAAUGAUGUAUCAUGUAUAAUACACCUUCUCAAAAGUGCAUGGCUGGAUGUGUGGAUUGGCUACGCUUUGGUAGACUUUUCAAAAAUACUUUGUGAUAUAUGGAGUACUACAGUCUACAGAAGGUAAAAUGCGACCAUACCAUUUAAAGGUGAAAUAGUAGGACUAAUUAAUAUUGUAGAAAAAAUAGGAGAGAAUGUAGAAAUUAUGAAAGGGAAGAUAAAAAAAUACAAAAGGUCAAGGAAAUCAAGUUUUUUUAAAGGAAAACUUAUCAAAAAAGAGAAAGUAUAGCAAACUUUUAAAUAUAUCCAUAAAGGGAAAAUGUAGCAAACUUUAAGGGGUGGUCUUGGUAUGGACUCGCGGAUUUUUAAAGAAAUUUAGAAUUCCAUCGAAAUUUGGGGGUCCUCAGUUAGGAUUUGUAGAAUACUGCUAAAAAUCUUUGCACUCCCUUCGCAUUUGAAUGGAUUUCCCGCCCAUAAGCAAAACAAAAAAAGUUAGAAGCAUAGCUCGGCUAAUCCGCCAUUCUAAUAUCUAUCUUCAACUCUGAAUCAGCUAUCUCUAUCCACCUUCGAUGUCUCUGUCUCUCGAGUCGAGUUUGUCCUCCUAAAGAGCCCUUUCUUAUAGAUCAUUCUUCUAUCUUUUAAUUUGUGAUCAUAUCCCAUGGUUGUUGCGUUCUUUUCAAUGUCGCUUGUGGAUAUGUGGGUGAAUCCAACUCAAAUUCCAAUUCCCUAAACAAUAAAAAAAACAAACAAAUGUAGCUGAGCUUUAGGAUGGAGAAGUCGGGGCUUCGUGGUGGUGAGAAUCUGAGGUGGACCGAAGGUGGAUGCUGAGAAUCGGAGGUGGAUUUCAAAUUCCAUCAAAUUUGAUUAGAAUCUCACAUAUUCUAUACAAUUCCAUAUAAAUCCAUCAAAUCUCAAUCAUGUAAAAUCUUAUGAAUAACCUACUUGAGGACACCCCUUAAAAUAAUGAUGAAGUAUUUGUUUUACAAUACUUUUAAGGGUGACUCUCUGGUGCAUUCUCAUUGUAGAAUGUUUUCGUACAUUCCACAUAUGUCAAAACAUAAUUGGAUGACAUUCCACGUAAGUUAUUUCAUCUAAAAAUUUAGAAAUUUGAUUAGAGAGGCCUGUACAAUAGAAAAUUCUGAUACGGCUUUUUCAUUUGUCAGGACUCGGCUCCGGAAAAUUCCAAUGGUCUCCAUCGUUUCAUUUUUCUUUACCUGUACCAGGUCGCAUACAAAUCCGGUCGGGAAUUCACCUCCGCCCAAUAAUCGCUUGGCAAAGCCGAGUGCAGCAUCUCUAUCUUUUGGACGGUUCUGGAAUUUUUCUAAGUCGGAAUUCAGCUUACGACCAAGAGAAGAAGUGUUCGUUCAAUUCAAGCAACUCCUACAUCAAUAAAAUUGCUACCUGAUCUAUGAUAUUUUCCAGCUGUUACCACCAAAGAUACAGGUUGGUGUUUUCUCUGCUACUAUGCCCCCAGAUGCCCUUGAAAUCACCGGAAAGUUCAUGAACAAGCCUCUCACGAUUAUUGUGAAAGGGUAUGAGCUCACACUAGAAGGUAUCAAACAGUUCGAUGUCAAUGUUGACAAAGGGGACUGGAAGCUUGAAACACUUUGCGAUCUGUAUGAGACAUUGGCCAUCACCCAGAGUGUCAUCCUUGUUAACACUGACAAAAUGUGUGGCCGUCACCAUACAAUUUCUGCAACUCAUGUAAACAUGGACCAAAAUACUAGGGACAUCAUCAUGCGGGAAUUUUGGUCUGGUUCAUCAAGAGUGCAUAUCACCACUGAUUUCAAGAUGGUCCAAUUCUACUUUUUGAAAUUGUUGUUGAUUUUGUCCUCUUGCACUGUAAGCUUCCAAGUAAAUUGUGGAUUUUUAGUGUUUGAGUUUGUGUUUUUUAUUUGAUUUGGUUUACUAAACUUGUUUUCUCAGUUUUGAGUUUUUUUUUAAAUGGAUCACUCCUUGCGAUUUAAUCGAGUUCAUUUUGGUAUUUUACAAGUAGAUAUGUUGCAUGUAAGUUAAUUACCUCUGGGAGAUUUUUAAUUAGUUUCACGCACUCACCCUUGAUGGUUGAUAAUAAGAAGUAUAUAUUUCACUUGACAA